GUCCUUAUGAUUGGACGAUGGAACUGGGCAGACCAGUGAGUUGAUCGCAGUAGCAUACUUGUGCAAGUGACAUAUGUGUUCAUUAUUGCCUUGGAUACAUUCAUGUAGUUACAUUGUUUUGAAUUAAAAACAAAUUUCUUACAGUUCUGUCUCUAUUUGCAGCUUAUCUAGUAAAGAUGGAGAGUAUUCUUUCAAAGCUUUUCUCCUCCGAGACAGAAGAGUUGUAUGUUUUGGACUGCCUGGCAUACUUCAUGAUUUUCAUGGCUGCUUGUACCUUCAUAACUUUACUCUUUGAGAAUGUCCCAUAUGGCAGAUACGCAACAAGCAGAUAUGGAUUCCCCGUCAACGUCAAAUUCGCCUGGUUCGUUCAGGAGCUACCUGCUUUUCUGGUGCCACUGUGCCUUGUGCUGUGGACUUCUGCUGCGAAAACCACUCAUCUUCCCAAUCAGUUACUGCUGGUCAUGUACUUCUGCCACUAUGUGCAAAGGUAAGACCCAGUGGUUAGUAGAUAGUACUUUGUAUGCAUGUAAAGUACAGUGUUACUUUGACAAACACUACCUGUCAUGUCUUCUAGGUCAGUGGUUCUCAAACUUUUUUGGUUACUGUACCACCAACUACAUUUUGCUCUGCCCAGAGUACCACCUCAUAUGCAAUUUAAUUCUCAAUUGUAAUAAUAACACAUGCCUAAAUUAUGUGCCAACGUUGUAACUGAAAUGCAGUGCAUUCCCAGCCAUGAGACACAUGCAUCCUAGACAACUGGUGGUGAAAUUAUUAUUAAUCGGUUAUAUUUUUUCUUCUAGAUCUCUCAUCUAUCCAUUUUUAAUUCGUGGAGGGAAAUCUACACCAUUUGCAUCAUUCGCCCUGGCCUUUGUGUUCUGCAUCUAUAAUGGCUACAUGCAGGUCAGAUACCUGAGCCACUAUGCAGAGUACCCUGCUGAUUGGGUUACAAGCCCCUGCUUCAUCACAGGUAAGAGACAUGGCUGACAUGACAUACAGCAUAGGUCUAUAUUAAUGCAUAAACCACACAUUACACAGUUGUCUAUUUCAAUAUGUUCUAUUAAUUUAUUUAUGUAUCGGUCCUGAUCGCUCUAGAGUUAUGCCACGUCAUGCUAUCCAAAAAUACCUUACAAUUCCUCAUUUUCACCUCAUUGGUCGUCUUAUACACAUUGUCAUUAUAAAGCAGCUUCCCCAUUGGUUGAUUUUCAGGCUCUGCGCUGUGGUUGGUGGGUUGGUUGGUGAACGUUCACUCUGACCACAUUCUGAGGAACCUACGGAAGCCCGGAGAGACCGGCUACAAGACACCAACAGGUAAGAUACCUUCUACCUGUUACCUGCAGGUUCUGCUGUUCUGGCCAAUCAAAAACCACUGUCUGGAAGUUUCCUUGUAAAGCACUGGUCCUGAAUCUUCUUCUACAUGCAGUGGAGUAUCUCAUUGGCAUGGCUGGCGUAUAGUGAUGGGAGGAGGGAGAAACUGCUUGUUCCUUUAGUUACAGACCGGUGCAUGCCUAGAGGUCUGCACAUUCAUGGCCUCAGAAUGUUGUGCAUUUGCCCUGGAAUUGCAGGGUCACUGGUUUAAGUCCCACAGAGGCUGAUCUCACUGAGUUGCUGCAUGCUCUUUCCUGUGUAUGUGUGAGUCACAGCCUCCGCACCGGGGAGGGAGAGAGAGAGGGGGGAGAGCAGAGAGAGAGACAGGCUUCCCCUGACCAUAUACCGUUUUGGACAGCGUGCUGUAACAUUUUCACAUCCGUUCUCUCACGGCUAUCUGAACAAAUUGUAAAUAAUGGGUGUAAAAUGUGUCUGUGCUAGCUACAACCAUAGUAGCACACUGAUGUUCACGUAGAGGUCAAAGUGUUGCUUAACACAGAGAGUUUCCUAUUUUCAGAGGAUGGAACCAGUAUUCUAUUAAAAUGUGUCUGUGCUAGCUACAACCAUAGUAGCACACUGAUGUUCACGUAGAGGUCAAAGUGUUACUUAACACAGAGAGUUUCCUAUUUUCAGAGGAUGGAACCAGUAUUCUAUUAAAAUGUGUCUGUGCUAGCUACAACCAUAGUAGCACACUGAUGUUCACGUAGAGGUCAAAGUGUUGCUUAACACAGAGAGUUUCCUAUUUUCAGAGGGUGGAACCAGUAUUCUAUUUAAAUCCAGGGUUACAGAGCGUACAGUGUCACUAUAACACAGCACCAGAGAGGGUAGAAACCAUCACCUUGUACCUUGAAACCUGUCCACCCUAAAGCAAUAAAGAUUUUUUACAGUAGAGACAGAAGAAUGCAGUAAGUCUAGCCACACCGUAUGAAACAUUUUAGUCAUUUAGCAGAGCGACUUACAGGAGCAAUUUGGGUUAAGUGCCUUGCUCAAGGGCACAGACAGAUUUUUCACCUAGUUGGCUCGGGAAUUCAAACCAGUGACCUUUCAGUUACUGGCCCAACGUUUGUAACUGUUAGGCUACCUGCCGCCCUGCAGAAACUGCAGGCACUCCUGGAAUCCAGAGAAACUUGAUCAUUUUAGAAGAGGAGUGGUGGAGGCAGUGGCUGUACACAGUCUGUGUUCAAGCAGGGAGGGAGGACAUCAGCCAUCUAUGGUCUUUAGUGCCGUGUUUAUGAAUGUUAUUUUUUAUGCUACCGUAUUUAUCCGUCUAUGACCUCAACACUCAGAAUUGAGAUCAACCUUUAGUGACUUAGAAGUGGUUUGAAACCAGAGAGACCGUGAGAAAGGAUCUGAAUUACAAUGCUACCGUUUCACCGGAAACUGACCAGAGACCUGAAGAAAUUGAAACGGGUAGAUAAACACUCCUAAAGACAAAUGUUAUUCUUCCUUUUGUAAUAAUGCCUCUAUUGAAAUGCUUUACUUAACUGCAGUUUAUAAAAUGAUAUUAGGGAUCUCUUUCUCCAAUUAUCCAACCACAAUGAGAAUUUGAAUGGUCUUGAUGAGUCAAGUGUGUGAAAUUGUAUCAGAGGAGGUGGGGUUUCUGGAUUGCAGCCUAGGAUGGAUAGAUCUUGAUAGAGCUCACGAUCAUAGUACAAUGGCUAUAACCUGGUCCCAGACCUGUUUGUACUGUAUAGCCAACUCCUUGACAUUACAUUUGACAUUUGAGUCAUUUAGCAGACACUCUUAUACAGAGCGUCUUACAAUAGUGUGAAUACAUUUUCAAACUGACAAGCCAAUGAAUGAUCAUAGAAGUUGGCAAGACAACACAAACAUCUUGGACCAAGAUACAAUAUUUUUUAUAUUGACAUCGGUUGCAUUUUAUCGAACCGAUAUCGAUAUCAUGUCUGUUUGAAUGAAUAACAUUGCAACUGUGUGGACUUCUCUUCCACGGCUUUGUGAAAUUCAGAUAACUGCUUCCUGAUUGUCCAUUUGGCCAGGUGUGAAUGUUCUGGGGGCCUAACCUAGCUUGAAUACAAUGGCUGUUAAGUAUGCUAAGUAGAGAGCCUGUGAGAAGGUUUUGUGACUGCAGGAACAGUCAUGAAUUCACUUUUACACAAUAGUGUAGGUUAACAGCAAGGAUAAACCGAUAACACAAUAUGCCGUGCUUAUAUCGGUACGAUUUUGGUGCCCACCACUAAACAUUUGUGUAUAUGUGUAUGUGUGUGUGUGUAUAUGUAAACAUGUAUUUCUGUUUUUAGUAUAUUUUUUUAAUUUUUAAAAAGUUAAACUAACUCUGUGUUAGCUCCCACGAAUGCCAUGAAUGUCCCGUGUAGCUCAGUUGGUAGAGCAUGGCGGUUGCAAUGGCAGGGUUGUGGGUUCAAUUCCCACGGGGGACCAGUAUGAAAAAAAGUAUGAAAAUGUGUUAACUCACUACUGUAAGUCGCUCUGGAUAAGAGCGUCUGCUAAAUUACUCAAAUGUAGACUUUGGAUUAGUGGAAUCUUGACUGGCGCAGGUGACAAGGUGGUCCUCUUUAGCUCAGCUGGUAGAGCACGGCGCUUGUAACGCCAAGGUAGUGGGUUCGAUCCCCGGGACCACCCAUACACAAAAAAAAAUGAUGCACGCAUGACUGUAUGUCACUUUGGAUAAAAGCGUCUGCUAAAUGGCAUAUUAUUAUUAUUAUUAUUAUUGCAAUAGACACAGGCCUGGUUAGUCACAUAGCUGUGGUUCUACCCAAUGAUAUAAUAUAUAUAUAUAUAUAUAUAUAUAUAUAUAUAUAUAUAUAUAUAUAUAUAUAUAUACACUAGAUGACUGAUAGGGGGCGCCAUUCAUUCUUCUGGGGAGUGCCAGUAUGGUCAACCGGUGGCUUCAAAGCCUUUUACAGCAAUCCAGGGUUUAGAUACUGUACAUCACGGGUUCUACCCUGUCUUAUGUUCUCUCUUGUAGGUGGGCUGUUUGAGUAUGUGUCUGGAGCAAACUUCUUUGGCGAAAUAACAGAGUGGGCGGGAUUUGCCCUGGCGGCUCAUUCUGUCCACAGCGCAUCCUUCUCCAUCUUCACUCUCAUUGUUCUUGCCAGCAGAGCCUUCGCUCACCACAGGUAGGAAACACACACACACACACACACACACACACACACACACACACACACACACACGGUUUGGGGUGAACUACACCUUUAACAUUUUAAAUUUUAGUCAUUUAGCAGAUGCUCUUAUCUAGAGCGACUUACAGUUAGUGAGUGCAUACCUUUUUCAUACUGGCCCCACGUGGGAAAUGAACCCACAACCCUGGCGUUGCAAGCGCCAUGCUCUACCAACUGAGCUAAAGGGGACACUUGUAACACUAUAAUUCUGAAUUCAUGUCCUCCUGUCUUUCUUUCUCUCUAGGUGGUACCUUCAGAAAUUCGAAGACUACCCCAAGUCCAGGAAGGCAUUGAUACCAUUCGUAUUAUAAUGAAUCACUACAACGAUCCAACCUCCAACAGCAACGAGCUGUGACCCUAUGCUACAUCAUCUGGGGUCUGGUUAGGUUUGUUAUUGCUUGUUUGUUUGUGUUCACCUCAAGAUAAUGGGUACAAGGAUGAACACUGAAUGAGUACUGACAAUUCUAUUCACUGGUAAGAUAUGAAGAGCUCUAGAAACCACAACACCACUGUCAAGAUUAUCAGACAUACCCUGAUGAAGGCUACAAUGCCAAGAAGAGGCAAUUUAAUCAACUUUUUUUUCCCUCCAAGAGUGGCUGUAUAUUUUUCACAUGGUUGCACCUGACCUAUCACCAUCAACUUGAAUAUGUCCCGCAAUGAGAUUUACUAUAGUAUGUGGCGACUAUUACUUUUACGAUAAUCUUCACAACGGACCAACCAACAGUACCAAUCCUCAGUACUGGAGCUAGCUUACUAUGGUUCUGCUCCAUUUCAACACAUCCCCUAACAUCUACCCUUCCCCUAACUCCCUGCAGCAGCGUGUGCAUCUCUCGCUCGCCCUCUCUGUUGCGUGCAGGCUGAGAAUAAACCAACCAUCAAAACACACAAUCUGUCAGUAGAGCUCUAGUUUCCCCGGUGAGACAACCCAGUGCUAGAAGGACUGAGAAUUAACUUACUGUCAACACACAGGAAUGCGCACACACACAGAUUUCACUGCUUGUGGAAGAAAAUAGCUCUCUGUAUGUGCGUGCACUCACGUGUGUGUCAGAGGAAUCUGUCAUGAGCAGUGCUGUAGUCUUCCCCUAUGAGUUAUAGUGCUAGCAGCACUGAGGAUGAACCAACCCUCACCACACACACACACAGACAGUGAGGCGACCCCAGCCUUAGGGCUGAAAAUCAGGUUAUGAACCAGAGAGAGAGAUACAAAUGAGAGAAAUGCUCCAUUCAGUCAGUAAGGCCACUGGAUUAGCCUAACACCCAGAGCUUGUUGCUGCUAUAGAAAGAGACCAAAAGAAAGGGAGAGUGAAAAAAGGUAGAGAGCACUCUUCAUUUCUAUGGGCAAUAGAAUGUGUGUGUGUGAGAGAUAGUGAAGGCAAGGGAGGAAGAGAGUGAUGGAGGGAGAGAGAAUGGGAUAGUGAGAGAGAGUGACCAAUACUCACCCUUUCUUGCUCUGGGGGUUUUCCUUGGCUCUGUCACAUGCACUACGUGAGCAGGGAGGGAAGCAGACAUUAUGCAAAGAGCACACACACACACAGUACAGAAGGUGCUGCCAGUAGGCUCCAGCUUGCCUCAUUCCAUUACAGAGUUUAAUGGGCUGGAAGAUGGCUGUGUGCAGAGUUGACUGCAAAUGGUGUCUGGACUCGCUCUCUCUGCAUGUGUGUGUGUGUGUAAUGAUGAACACCUCUAGUUAUGUGUUCCCUGUCUCCUUCCCAGUGCUGUGUCUUCACAUGUAGUUAAUAGUAUAAAUCUGGUAAGUGAGGAUAGUAUAUUUCUAAUUGGGCUGCAAUUAUUUUUGUACUGAAACAAUGGAUUAAUUUCAAUGAUAUUUACAUUUACAUCAUUUAGC